UUUCUCUUAGGGUUCUGGCAAAGGUCCGACGAGUGUCUAUUCCUUCGAACGCGAUGGGAAACUGGGAGCAGUGGGGCCCACUUUGGACAACAUCAUUUGUCCCUCGCUCCUUCUGCCUUCCUGAUUUUUGAGGGUGAAAACAGCUUGCAAGCAGUCUAAGUGCUAGGAGAUGGCUAUAACAUUUCCUGGGGUCACGCGCACGAUUCAGACGAACAUCGCUCAAGGAUUUGUGUCACGCAGUUGGCUGUGGUUCCAAGAAUUGAUGAUUGAUAUAAAUUAUUCAUUCCAGUAGUCAUGCAAGAGACGUGCAACGAAUGUUCUAGAUAGUCGUCUCUUGAGUCAUGUGAUUUCCACGUUGCUGUGUUCAGCACUUUCACUGAAAAAGUAAUUUUGGCUUUCAAACACAUUUCGAUGGAAAAUUCUACCAAGAAAGAGGGAAGGUCAUAGCUAAAAAUAGUCUCCUACAGUAUUUCAGUUUCGAUAGCUGUCAGUAUACCAGCGUAUCGUGUCAGUUUCGAUUUUGUUUUCGGCCAAAGAACAGACUUCAUGUAAACAUGAAUAACACUGCAGGCAACAUACCAACGACAGACAAAUUCCCUGCUGGGGGAUGUUGCAAUGAGCGUGAUUAACCAGACAGAGCAUAAACCUGGCGGUGGAAACACGAUAGCCACACCAUGGCAACAGUACAGAAGAGAAGACUUGUCACAAACGGAAGUUGUUUUUGGUUUUCUGAUCGUGCUUUGCUCAAUACGUACCGAGGAGAUAUGGCUUUGUGAUAUGACAUCUUCUUGUCCAGAUGAAGUUAUUGUGAAUAAUGGCGUAUACAGGAUGAUUUUGCAUGUAUAUCCUCCCAGAGGCGUUGUCAUUGGUAACUCUUCACUAGACAGCAUGGGGAACCAGCUUCCAUCGCAUGCUCGUUUAUUUACUCUCCUGGUCCCUGUCAACGUUCCUAUGAUUUACAAUGCAACCCUACGGCUAGUCAAGGAGCUAGAGGAUCAUAGUGUUGUGUGUGAUGAAAUUCUCUUCAGCAUUAAAACUAAUCUCCCGGGAGGAGGCUUUUCUCGAUAUUACCAAAAUGGGAAUGUACUCUAUAUCGAUUAUCCUCUUCCUAAAAUAAAACUUACAGGAGUGAUGAAGUACCCCUUUACUUGGAAUACGAUUAUGCAUUUCGAGGAUCUGGCAGAAAAUGGGCAAUUUUCGCUUUAUCGACGGCACAGAAAGCUACUGGAAAGGUGGGCCAAAACCAGGCCACAAUAUCAAGAUCUAGUCGCCAUGACACUGCUCGAGACGCGGUGCUCUUGAUGAGCGGGAAUGAGCCCUGGCUGGGGUGGAGCCCUCACCAGAGUUGAGCCCUGGCCAGGUUUGGGCCCCUACCGGCGUCGGUCGCGCCCUCACUGGAGUCGAGCCGUGGCCGGGAUCGAGCCCUCACCAGUCAAACCCUGGCCAGGAUUCAGCCCUUGCUGGAGUCAAGCCCCGGCCGGGAUGGAGCCCUCACUGGAGUCAAGCUCUUGCCGGGAUCGUGCUCUUGCUGAAGUUGAGCCCUGUCCAGGGUCGAGCCCUUGCAGGAAUUGAGCCCUUGCCAGAGUCAAGCCCUGGCUGGGAUUGAGCCCUCGGCGGGAAUCGACCCCUCGCCGGGGUUGACCCCUUGCCGGCGAUGAGCCCUGUCCAGGGUCGAGCCCUCACCAGGAUCGAGCCCUCGCCAGAGUCAAGCCCUUGCCAGGAUCGAGCCCUCGCCAGAGUUAAGCCCUCACCAGGAUCAAGCCCUCACCGAAGUCGAGCCCUGUCCGGAGUCUAGCCCUCGCCGGAGUAUAGUUUGUUAAAAUGUAACUGGAAAAAUAGCGAAACCACACGCUGGACCAUUACAUGCUCAAAAUGUAUUAUUUUUUGAGUCUCUGAUCCAAGAAAAACAAAUACUCUUUUUC